AUGGUGAGGAUCACGAAAGAUCUAUUGAGACGAUUCAACGGGCGUGCAUGUCUCGCGUAUGACGAACUGGAAGUGAGUUUAAUCGAAACGGAAAGUGUGAUUAACGCGAGACCGUUGAACUACAUUGGAGAAGGAGCGGACGAUCCGCUCUCGAUUACUCCGAAUCAGUUUCUCAACAAUCGUCGUUCAACUUGUGCUACGGCGGAGCCAGCAGUCAAUCUAUUGGCUCCCGAUUCAACAAGUGAACUACUCAAGAAAAUGGAUCAGAACAGGCGCGAUUACGUCAGUGACUUGUGCUCGCGGUUCGUCUCCGAUUACCUGAUGCAGCUGGAUAAUUUCCACGCAAAAGGAGCGUCGGGCAGAAAAAUCCGCGUCGGAGAAGUCGUCGUAAUCCACGACAAACUUUCCAAACGGCUCAUGUGGGAGACGGGAGUAGUUAAAGAAUUACUCCCCAGCUGCGACGGCCUAGUCCGAUCCGCAAUAGUUAAAUUCCCAAACGGUGAAUUAUUAACCCGAGCCAUUCAAUGUUUAUAUCCCGUAGAACUGAGAGAAGAUCAACCGGAAGAUAUGGAGAUCGCAGACGGUGCAUUGAAUCCGGAGCCAGCUGAAGCAACUGCUCCGCAAUUUCCAAAUCCACCUGAUCCGGCUCCACUCCCAUUGCUUCCGAUCGAUCCAACUGACGUCGAAGAAGAUGAUCAUGUGGCCAAUGCGGCCGCUACUGACGUCGGCGAGGUCGAGUCCCAAGGCAUGGGCUCUGGUGGGGAGUAUGUUGGAAACGAAAGACGUCCCCAACGGCCGACGACGAGAUCCGGCCGGACAACCAGGAUUCCGUCCCAUUUACAGGAAUACGAUCUUCGGGGCCCCCGAUAG